AGAAUAUGGCUCUAUAUCAACAAUGCGGAUCCAUUUGUAGAGUCAAGAUUCGUGAUGCAUCAGGCGGACGCCUGCGAAGGCGAGUUGGCCGGCAGCAUUCUGCUGGAUGACGACGGCGGGCCCGGUCGGGAUCUUCCAGGCCUUCGACACCCGCUCUUUGACUCCGCUCUGGGUGCGCCUGACUUCUUCUCGCCCUUGGCAGAAAGCCGUGGCCGCCCCGCACACCAAAGGCUGCAGAUCAGCACUGAUCGGACGCCCAUACGCACGCCGUCUCCAGUGACUCCUUCGCCGGCAUACCAGUUGGGUGGGUUGAAGGGCUUUGGGGAUGACCGUGGGUUUCCGGCCUCUUCAGCCUCCCAACGUCCACCCGAAGGUGGUGGGCCCAGUGGUGCUGGUGGGCCUGGAGGUCCUGCAGGCCCUAGUGGCUGGGGCGCAAGUUUUUCUUCAUUCCAACGCUCCGCACCACCAGUAUGGCAAGGCCAAACUCAGGCCGCCCCUGCCUAUUACAACAUGGUAGUUGGCCAUCCUCAAACCUCGUCGCCCUCCAGUGUUCCAAAGUCAGAACCCAGAUCUGUGCCUGGCUUGCCGAUGGAUGCCAAUGUCUUGUCGGUGAUGAUGGCCUUGCAAAACCAAGGCCCAGGUCAAAACUCCUUCCAAUCCGUGCCCGCCCCCAACCCCCCACCAGUCUCCCAAACCCCUCCCAAGCCGGAGAGGGAAGCCAAGGAGAGCCUUUUGAGCCCCAGCCAGGCCCUGCCUCCAGGGCCACAGCCACCGCGAGACAGACCUGAGCAGAAGAAGGGGAAAUCCAGAAAGGAGAAGGAUGAAAACAAGUCAAAGCAAGCGCCCCAACCUCAACAGCAUGAACCGGGCGCUAUCGCGCCGGGUUCCGCCAGCCUGAGCAGAGGAUCAGAGAAGGGUGGAGGCAAGGGUGAUCGAAGGCGGCGUGGGGGUCAUGUCGACGUGGUGGACGACCGAACCUCUGGCAAGUCAAGGCCACAGAUGAGCAGCCCUCUCAUCGAGCAUUUGAAGGCGCGAGAGAGGGUGGUGGACCUCGCAGAGCUGGCGGCGCAUAUCAGUGAGAUUGCGCAGGACCAAUUUGGUUCCAGGCUGAUCCAGCAAAAGUUGGAGGUGGCCAGUGAAGUACAGAAGCAACAAGCCUUCAAGCAAGUUCUUCAAAAGAUGAGCCAACUCACCACUGACGUCUUCGGCAACUAUGUCAUCCAGAAAUUCUUCGAGUACGGCAAUGCGGAGCAGCGGAGGAUCUUGGCAGAGCAACUGGUCGGACAGGUGCUGAAGCUGAGCUUGCAGAUGUAUGGGUGCCGGGUCGUGCAGAAGGCUCUUGACUCGGUGCCGAUUGAGCAGCAGGUGCUCUUGAUUGGUGAGUUGAAAGGACACGUCUUCAAGUGCAUUGAAGACCAGCAUGGGAACCAUGUCAUCCAGAAGUGCAUCGAGCGCCUCCCGACGGAUCGGAUCGGUUUCAUCGUGGACUCCUUCUUGGGCCAGGCGGCACGCAUGGCCAAGCACUGCUAUGGCUGCCGGGUGAUUCAGCGGCUGAUCGAGUACUGUGCCUCCGUGCAGAUCUCGGCGUUGCUGGACGAGGUGCUGCACUGCUGCAUGGAGCUGGCCACGGACCAGUAUGGGAACUAUGUGGUGCAACACGUCAUGGAGCACAGCAGUCGCCCGGGUGAUCGUCAACACGUGAUGAACAUCAUCCGAAAGAACAUUUUGUCCCUCUCGUGCCACAAAUAUGCCAGCAAUGUCAUUGAGAAGGCGCUCCAGUGCGCGACUCCAGACGAGAGAGCGCUCUUGGUGGAGGCCAUUUGUGGACAACCCAAUGAUCCACACCCGCCCCUGCUUGUCAUGAUGCGAGACAGGUUCGGGAACUACAUUGUGCAGCGCGUGAUUGCGUUGGCCCAGCUUCCGCAGCGGGACAUGCUCUUUGCCAAGUUGCGGGAGCACAUGCCCGUCUUGAAGAAGUCCAACACGUAUGGUAAGCACAUCAUCUCAGCGAUGGAGCGGGCACAAGCUGGGGUGAAGGAUUGAAGGCCGAUUUCCGGGCCGAGCCCACCAUGUACACAGGGUUAGCGAAUGGAAAGGGCUGCCCAUCGUCGGCAAAGGGGUGAUGG